AUGUCUCCUAUGAAAUCCUCAUCGGGUAAAACCGUGAAACCUUUGAUUCCGGGCGAUUAUGGUCCCCAUCAACUGUCAAUUCUCUCUGCGGAGAAUAUAGCUGAGUUUAGGGGAUCCACCGGGAUUCCGCCUGAGAUCGAGAUCAGGUUCCCAAAAGCUCAUGAAUCCCUGGAGAAUCCUCCUCCGGGCUACUGUUGCGCGUUCGAGAUAUUUUUCUCUGCAUGCGGACUAUCGUUCCCCCUUCCCGAACUCAUCGUAAAGAUGAUGUUCGAACUGGGCUUCGCUCUCCCCCAGAUGUGCCCGAACUUCGUUCGAAUAGUAAUGUGUCUCCAGACUCUGGGGGAGGAGUUCGAUUACAAGCUAUCCCUGGCCGACUUUCUUCAGGUUUACACGGUGAAAACAGGUCGUACCAAGGGCACGCUUUACGUAAGUCCGCUCUCCGGGCUGAAGGUCUUUGAUGACCUUCCCGAGAAGGACGAGAAAUGGCGGAAGUCUUACUUCUUUUUCCCGGUUAACGAACUCACCUUUGGUCACCUCUCGAAUUACUUCGAGCGCGGGUUGAUUUGCCCUACAUUUUGCGAGAUUUUCUCAAAGUUUUGCAGCCAGGGCCAGAUCGCUUGGGAUUCCUUUUUGUGUGAAAGGAUUAGGAAGUCCACAGUGAGGCUCAGAGGACGUUCUCUCAUUUGCUCCGACCCCAUAAGCACUUUGGAGAUGAACAAUAGAGAAGAAAGGGCUUGCCGACUUGCUGAGAAGGAGGCGAAGCUAAACAUGGCGGCGGCUCUAGCCGAGGGCAAAGCUCGCUUUCCUACCAAGAAGUCCAGUUUGUCCGCUCUUGAGGUAGGCGGGACUCCCGCGUCCCCUGCUGGCCCUUCCGAGCUCCUUGCAUGUGCCUCCGGACCUUCGACCGAUCCGUCCGAAUCCCCCGUGAUUGUCAUAGCUGAUUCUAGUGACGAGCCACGGGAGUUCGCAGCUCGCCCCACGUCAGCAAGGAAGCCUUCUGCUCCCCCUGCGUCCCCAGCUGACCUGAUGAGGAGCUAUACUCGGCCUGGACUUCGGAUUCCGGCGUUUGCCGACAUGUCCGAACUAAACCGCGCAAACUUCCUCCGCUUCGCGGACAAGAUUGCCAAGCUGAUGAUCGAGUUUAACUCCUCGGUGGCAUCUUACGAGGAUCAACUGUUCGCUUACCCCUCAUCUUCCGAGGUGAGCCUUCUUAAAGAGAGAAUCGCCGACCAGGAAGCCCAGGUGGCAGAAUACUCCAGGCUGGAAGCUGAAAAUGCCGACACCGUGGUGAAGGCCGAACAGAUCCGGGCUCAGAUGAAGAGAGCUGAGGUAGAGGUGCUUGACCUCAGGGUUGCCAAUGAGGACCACCGAGACAAAUUAAAGAAGGCGGGGGACCUUUACUUUGAGGCUGCCAAAGAUGCGAAGGCGGCGAAAAACAGGGUAUGGAGGGAGGAAAAGAGGAUCACUUUCGAGGAGAGGGAGAAGCUAGCUCCGACCAAUAUCCGAGCCGCUGAGAUCAGGGCUAACCGGAUGCUGGUCGAGGAGAUCUCUAGGGGGGAGAUCCAAGAUAUGGAAGCUGAGCUCGGACUUCUGAGAGGCUAUGAGGAGGAGGCUGACAGAAAGGUUUCGCAGGUAACUCCCCGUGACCUCGACCUUUCGGCAUUUUCAGACAUUUUGACGGAUACGCCCGAGCUUUUGUGCGACAAACAUCCUUUGAGCGUCACAAUCGAUGAGUCCGGCACUAAUCUCGGACAAAUGUCGAAGCAGAGGAUGGAUGAUUUCUUGGCGAAUACCAGGUCGGAGGCGGAGCUUGCAGAGAUGGCCUUGGUCCUUUCCGAAGCGGCAUCGGAUCCUCCUCUCCCUACUCAAUAG